CGUCUAUGUUACCCCCACCUCGCUUUAUUUAUGAUGCCCAUCAAAAGUGGCUGACUUUCACUUAAGUGCAUAACGCUAAGACAAAAAUCGUCUGCUCAUCCGAGAAAUCAAACUGGCAACAAGAUUUAAAAAAAAAAAAAAAAAAAGGCGAAGGCGAGAAUGUGAGUGUUAGAAGCUCUCGAGCGUUAGGAGUGGUAUUAACAACUGCCAUAUAGGAAGCUUAAGUUUUUCCAAGACAAAUUUUUUUUGUGGUGGCUGACAGGAUGUGUAAAUUAUUAGUGGUUAUUUUGUUAUGUUUGCAAUUAAUUCUAAUGUUUGCUUCAUCAAAUGCCAAUGUUUUACAAAGGAAGAGCAAAAACUGGUGCUCUUACCAAGCUACCAAAUUAGUAUCUUGUAAGGAGAUAAACGGAACAGAGACUUUCGUCGGACAGCAGUUUCAACGUUGCUGGUACUGGCCAUACAGUGAAACAUGCGGUGGAUCUUACAGAGUAAUGAAGAGACCGAAAUACGUUACUGCAUACAAAGUGAAGACCGAAACACUCUGGAAAUGCUGUCCUGGUUAUCGUGGACCAACUUGUGAACCAGAGUCUCCUAACUCUACAAAUGGGGAAUUCCCUAAAAAAGGUGAUCGAAAGGUGAUAAACGCGAAAUGGAACAACAGAGGAGACAUUAAUCCAGAAACUCCCCGAGAUUACCCACUUCUCCCACCUACCUCUCCUGCAGACGAUUCUCGAAAUUACAAACCAAAUGAAUGUCGCUGCCCGCGUGGUCCACCUGGAUUUCCUGGAAAAGAAGGAUCCAAAGGUGACAAAGGAGAUAGAGGGCUUAGAGGGGAACCCGGUUCUAGUAUUUUCCCCACAGAUUCAACUAAUACUAGGAUCUGGUCCAGAGGUCCUCCUGGUGAACCGGGUUUACCAGGCCUAGAAGGAAGACCAGGUCGUGAAGGAAGAGAAGGUUUGCCAGGAUUACCAGGUGUAAAAGGAGAACGUGGUAACGACGGGGAGCCCGGAUUGAAUGGUUUGCCUGGCCCUGUGGGCCCACCAGGGCCGCCAGGGCCUCCAGGUCCACCCGGAUUAGGUACUAGAGGAAGUGAUGUCUUUAUACCAAGGAAAGGAGAUCUACCUCCAGACUAUGAUUAUCAGGAUAACCUAUCUAUGAUGCAGGUCGUGUUAGAGAGCAUGCAGAAGACAAAACUGGACAUAGAAAAUUUGCAAACUAGAGUGGCCAUUCUUGAGGAAGUUCUUCCCCAGAUAUUAGAACAAAAGCAACCACCUAUCGGUAUCAGCGUAAUUCCUGCGGAUGACCAAGAUCAUUCUGGUGAUAAUCAGUACAAACGAUUUGGUUAAAAACUUAUUACAUAAAUCGUUUUCAACAUUACAAAGCCAUUGGUUUGCUAAUGUAGCAGCAAUUAUAGUGGUGAAAAGAAAAACUAAGUUUAAAGCAGAAUUAAUUAUGCACGCCUUGAAAUAAUCUCUAAAUUUCAAAAAUGCGUAUGAUUUCAAUAUUUUGCCAAUAAAGUGGGAAAAUAAAUCUUUUGAUAAAAUGCAUGCCAUGAC